AUGUCCACGUCCCCGUGGUGUCCUACCGGUUGCGAUGUGUUACGCGCCUUUGGUUUAGAAAAAACAGAGAAGGAAAACUUCAUAGAAAUGGCGGAGGGUGCAACGUCUCUCAAGGGCUUGCGAGCUCAAAUGGCUGCAGCCGCACAGGCACAAGCAGAAGAGCGGCGCAGCCUAGCAGGGAACAGCCCAGGACCUACAGCCAACUUACCAGCUAAACCUCAGGGUUCUAGGCCAGUCAUUGACGGCGCCGCACUUAGAAUAGACGACCGACUGCGAGUGGCAAAGGAGAGGCGAGAGGAGGCGGAGAAACAACAAGCUUUACAGAAGUCUCAGAUCCUUGAGCGGGAGCGUAAGGCCAAGCUGCAAGUGGAACGUCAGAUGGAGGAGCGUCAGAAGAAGCUCGAUGAACAGCGCAAGAAGGAGGAGCAGAGACGCUCAGCUGUGGAGGAAAAGAGGAAGCAGAAACAAGAGGAGGAAAAGGAGCACUAUGAGGCAGUGAUGCGGCGGACGAUGGAGCGCAGCCAGAGAGUGGAUCAGAGGCAGAAGAGGUGGUCCUGGGGUGGACUAUCCAGCGACUCAGGUGGACGAACAGGAGACUCUGAUGCCAGCGUCACAUCACCAGUAGCUAUAGUAAUCUCCCCUGCCUCGCCAGAAAAGCCUCCAAGGAAGCAACAAGUGGACAAGCGCUCCACAUCCACCAUGAACCUGAAACAGCCGUCCGAGGCUGGUAUCAACAAGCGCCUAUCCUCCUCCUCUGCCACUCUUGUGAAAUCUCCCGACAAAAGUGUUAAACGGAGGAGCUCAUCUUGUAACCGGUUGCCUAGCAAUGGCAAUGCUGCUCAGGCCACUAAGGAAGACAGCAAUAAGCCUCAGGUGGAAAAGACAGGCCCCACCCUGAAGAAGAGAAGCUCCUCCCUCACACGAGUAGGUGUGGGCAGAGCACAGGCCCCUGCCAAGCCUGAUAAGGGGACCUCGGAUGACCAAGCACGCAGGCCCCUGAGUGGCACUGUGGACGGAGGGGUCCUUAGUCGUCUGCUCACCCCCACCCAGGCCUCACUAGCUAGAAGCAAGAGUGCUGCCGUCCUGUCUGCUGAAGGACCAGAUGCCCCAGAGUGUCACCUGUGUCCUCGCUCAGCCUCUGCCGGCCCCCUGCACCCACCGCGUGGACCCUUGCGCAGCCGCAGCAUCGAUCGGCAAAAGAGCGGCAUGACCACCUCUGCCUCAGCUGAUGCAGCCCUAGACCGCCCACUGAAGGAAAAGCGAUUUACGUCGCCUGGGGGACAACGUCCCGCCUCCCCCUCCAGCGGCCUUGGACGUCAGCGUUCACCCUCUCCAGCUCCCAGCCCUACCCCAAAGAGGACACCCUCUCCAGCAGCACCCAAGCAAAGUUCACGGACCCGCCCCCCUUCACCUGGUGCAAUGAAGCAACGGCCCCCAUCCCCCCAGCCCACAUCAGCGAAACCUCCACCCAUCCAGAAACCAGCUCUCACACCAACAGGGCCCCCCACGUUGCGCAAGAGGGACUCUAAACCCAAGGAACUGUCCCCUGUCCAGGCUCUGGCCCCGCUGUCCCCUGAUGCCACACAGAGCAGCUCCACCCCCAGCAGCGCUCCUGCCACUUCGACCUCUGCCAGCAAGACCAAAGAGAAAGAUGACUCUAAGGCCACAACAGGCACCAACUCAGCUGCUGAGGCCGCCAAGAUCCUGGCAGAGAACCGCAGACUGAUGCGAGAGCAGAAAGAGAGAGAGGAGCAGCUCAGGAUACAGAAAGAGGAAGAGGAGAAGCUAAGAAAAGAAGAAGAGAAACGCUUAGCGGAGGAGGCGCGAUUGAUACGCCUCGAGGAAGAGAAGAGGUUGGCAGAAGAGAGGAAAAAGAAAGAGGAGGAAGAGGCACUCCGAGCAGAGGAGGAGAGAGUGAGACUGGCUGCAGAGGAGGCGCUGAAACAGGCUGAGCUCCAGAAAGAACGCGAGGAGGCUGAGGCCAAGGCCCAGGAGGAGGCAGAGCGAGUCCGUCAGGAGAGAGACCGCAUCAUGCAGCAGAACCAGCAGGAACGCAUGGAGAGGAAGAAGAGAAUUGAGGAAAUAAUGAAGAGAACUAGAAAAGGGGACCAAAAUGAUCCAAAGCGAGACGAUGAUGAUAAAAGCGCACAGGAUGAGAAUGAAGAGGAGGGAGAGGAUCCGAUAAACUGUGAAACUAAGGUGGAUGAUACAGCACAAACAGAAGAUGUCGCCAUGGAGACAGACAUACCCAACGAAGAGGGUUGUGGCCUGUCCUCUAGCGAACCAGUGGCAGAGCGAGAAGAGCCCCUGGGCAGCGUGAAUGGAAAGCCAGAGACAGACUGCAAGGAGAAUAAUAAUGGCAUAAGCACAGAUGAGACUCAUGCAGUUAGUCCAGUGCCUAAGGGCCGCCUCGUGGAGGGCUCGGAGUUCCUGAACGAGCAAGACUCCAACAAGGUGGGGCUGGUCCCAGGUCUCAACGGUAAGACCGGCACCUGGAGCUUUGAGGAGUUUAUCGACCUCAGCGUCCACUCAAAGGGUCGGCCCCUCAUCGAGGCUGAGGACUGUAACCAGGGCUUGAUCAACUGUGACGGUAGCCCAGAAGGGACCAGGGUAGCCUUUGAGGACACAGGAUCCACUGUUAACACCCUGCAUUCCUCUAAUCAACCAAUAGAGGCCCUGUCAGAGAUGUGAUGCUGCAGCCUUGCUGAGAGGUCUCUUGUUAUUGCACUCCUUGAGUUCCUGUCCAGCUUACCUCCAAUUAAAUAAAAAGAUAAAACUCCUCUACCAACUCCAAACAGCUUCCCCCUGUUCCUCCUCCUCCUCAGCCAGAGGAAGAACAUAAGGUGAAGGGGAACAACGACCCCCAGCGCUAACUUUGCACCCUAUGUGAUGAGAAAAAAAAACAAUUUAAAAUUAUAAUUUAAAAAAAAAAAGUUACGCUUCAGGGAAAUUCCAUAUAUUCCUUCAACAUGCUUGCUUCAGGUCUCUCUUCUUGUUCCUAGUUCUCCUCAUUUGCAGUUCUUUUUUAUGUUUUGUGCAUUUUUGUUGAUGUUUUUUAAGCAUUUUGUUUUUGUCAGGGGUGCAUUGUUGUAAUUUAUUAAUUUUGGCUUCUUUGUUAUUGUAAUAAUUAUUAUCACAUGUUUAGUCUUUUUUGUCUCUUGUAUGAGAAUAUUCCAGAAGGCAUGCACACUUGGCUGUGUGAAUACUAUGAGGUUAAUAUUGUGAGUUAAUGGAAGGAUCGUCAAUACAUUCGGUUUGGUCGGGAGGCUGCUGAGACAGCCGGGUGUUGUUUAGCUUCCCAAGUUUAGCAUGUAAUUCAACCCAAAUUGGAUUGUGACCUAGAUUUACUUGACCGGCUGCUUUUUGCAGCAUCCAGCAAUAUGGCCUUAUCAUUUUCUCUUUUCUUCUACUUUUUCAAGGUGCACAUAUUCAGUUGCAUGUGGUGAAGCUAAUCUACAUUCGGUUUAGCAAUCUCCUUCACGUGCAUACACACUUAGGACUUAAAAGAUGUAAAGUGGAUUCUGUGUUAAUGCUUAGCCUCAUCUUAACAUCCUAACACAGAGCCCUGUCCUUUCAGUCCCUCUCUUUUCAUGCAUGCCACAUACUGGUUUCCCAACUUCCCUUGCCCCUGUCUUUCCUUUCUGGGUCAAUAGAGGGCUUAGAGGAGGGCAACUCCCAACUGUAAGACUGGCUCCUUUGUCUUUGUAGCUGAACGGUGUAGGGAUUCAUGACAGCACUGUAGCAAAUUCAUAUGUUCAGUGGAGUUUCAGCUGUUUGCUAUUUUGGGUCCAUGAUCGUUUUAGAUUUUGUCAUAGUUUUACAUUUGUAUAUAGACUCCUUGUUAAUAAUUUCCUAACUACAUCAUUCUAAUUUGCAUCAGAAUCUGAGCUUCAUCCAUUGAGGGCUGAGGGAACCUAAAGUCUAAUCCCAUGCGUUGACUAUGCAUCUGUUCCACUCCACUAUAUGAAUAACCCUUACUGUAACUGGGCAACAUGUGUCAGUGUUGCUUAUUAAUGCACAAGCAAGGUCCAAGAGUUUCAUUCACAGCUGCCUCAGAGCUGUCCAAUCUGGUUUCAACACAUGAGCUUUGUUGACAUUGCCAUGCACUCUUUGUCAUCGGUCUUUAUGUUUGUGCAGCUCUUUGACUAAUUCUAACUCUUUCCACUAAGCCCUACUAAGAUUCUCUACAGAAUACACUAGCUGCUGCUUUCAUACUUGUGGCAAAAUUCAUUUAAACUAUUUUUUAUAAUAUAAAAUUUGGCUGUUUGUUUAUAUAUGAAAAUAUAUUUCUAUGUAUAUUUAAGUGUUACUGUAUUGUGUAUAUAAUCAGUAUUAGGCCAAUGAAGCCAUGUUUAGGAUGGAAUGGCGUAGUCAGGGUGUGGAUAGUUGAAGUCUUUAUGUAUGUUACUGUACUAUAAGUUGGGGCUCCAUUCGACUCGUGCCCUGUGCCAGGGUAGUCAGUACUGUUACCGGACACGCAGGUCAGGUUUGGGCAGCCUUGACACCCAAGAUUUACAGAAAGCCCUCUUCUUCCAGAUCUCUACAAAACCCGGGGGACAAGUGGGGACACAUGUUAUGUCCUCGAAGAUUUGGAGUGUGUAUUUGUGAGUGGGUUCAUUGAGGACAUGUAUAGUCCUACAUUCCCAAGCCCCGCCUCUGAAUAUUGCCUUGAUCCCUCACAAAGAAUAGACAGUGGAAAAUCUGAUAGAGUACAGAGCUGUUGAGUGCUUAGCAGCAUGUCUCGAUGCUGCAGUAUAAGUCAUGGUUGUGCAAAAUGCUGGUUACACUAUGUUAAAGGAUGUAGUGUGAAGCACAGCACAUCCAGCAUGAGGAAAUGAUAGAGAUGGGAACAAAAUGUGACUUAGGGCAGACUUUUUCUGCAUGAUCAUUGUUUUAUGUCUUGUUCUGGAUUUCUCAAGACCUGUGCUGAAUGCUUAAAAUUCCCCUAUGCUUGAAUCGUCCAAAUAAGAGGUUUGGGGACCUUGAAUUUGCCUCACGCUCUGUUUACUUUCAGGCCCAAUUGCUAAUUAAAUCCCUUUGUACAUAUAGACUAGGGGCUGUAGAGCUUAGCUUUGAUUAAUAAGCAUAAAGAAUGUAACAGACUCAAACCGCCCUUAAUCAUUUACCACGUCUGUCACAGCAGCCUGCUUUCAGUUUUCAUGCAUUAUUCAUCUAGAAAACAUGAGAUACUUUGCACUGUCAGAAAUUACCCGCUAUGUUUUAAAGCCUUUGUGAAUUACUAAUGGUUACUGAGGAGUAGCUUCACUGUACAGACUGUAGGAGAGUUGUGUGAAGUUCCUAAAAAAAAAAAAAAAAAAAGAAGUAAGUUGUUUGUCUAUGGUCUUCUCUCACCCAGACUUGAAAUUCUCAUUCAUAUCCCAAGAUUUAUCUUAUUCUCAGACUCACCUAAACCUCAUCUACUCCCUAUCUCUUGCAGUGGAACCCAGGUUUAUUGUUUUGGUUGGCUGCUUUGCUGCUUAAGUGGCACCACUAGUCACAAAUAUGACCUGUAGGCUGCCAUUGCAGUUGCUGCUUGAAUAGAUGUCUAUUCCAGGUCCUGCUUUUGUGUUUAAUUCUGUGUACAGAUACAUUUCUGCAUUUGGAGGGCUUGAGCAUGAAGCUAACUGGUCUUCAUUCUCAAGAUUGUCUAUGAAAGUAGGAUAGAAGGUGCCUUAGAUUGAGAUUUAGUAUUUUUAUUUUGUCACAGUUAACUAAGAAAUCCUGUUACGUCCUUACCUUGGCCACGACAAUCAGUCUACCUAACCAGGACAACUUUGUGAAUAUGAUUUUUUUUUUUUUUUUUUUCAAACCUAACAAAGCCCUGUCCUCAAAUUAUAUUUGGAAAUAUAUCUUAAGUGUAUUAAGAUGGUAAAAACUGUUAAACAAUAAAGUCUUGCAAAAAGA